UAAGAAGGCUGGACCGGAAACGCUCGUGGCGCUGUACUACAAGCUGUGAAGGAAACAAGUAAUAUUUGCUGUAAACCGUUUUUUUUAAGCUCGUGACGCUAAGGACUCUCAUCUGGGACGGCCCUUCUCUUCUCUCUCUCUCUCUCUCUCUCUCUCUCUCUCUCUCUCUCUCUCUCUCUCUCUCUCUCUCUCUCUCUCUCUCUCUCUCUCUCUCUCUCUCUCUCUCUCUCUCUCUCUUCUUUUCCUCUUUAUUCCCCUGCCCCAGCUCAGCACACUCCGCUCCGCUCUGCGGGAUUCGGCUCAAGACCAUUUGGGACUUUUUGCUCAGCCAGAAAGAGACGUCGAGUGCGUUCAUGCCUAUUGAUUCCAAGAAAUAAAGGUAAUAAAUGGACACAAAGGGUAGACCGGGUGAUUUGUGACGCUGCGCACCCGAUAAAUACUCUCAGACAGGUUGAGAAACAGUGGAUACAUGGACGGAUUGCAUCCAGGGCAGAAAUGAAGAGAUUUCUCAUCCCAUUUUUAAAGUCUUGGAUGGUGGGAGGAUUGUCCGACCAACGCAGGUGACAAAUGAAAUCGGAAUCUAACUGCUUUCCUCGGACAAAGACAUGCAAGCAGCAGGACAUGUGCACACAGCUCAGGUGGAUGUGAUGAACAGACGCGUUUGGGUUUUGCGAAUAUGGUUCCAUCAUCUGACAUUUUUCUUUUACGAAAACGAAUAAAAACACCCAUUCUGUGAUGAGUUUCUAUUCUAUAUUAUCUCGUCAUGUAUUGCUCUGUUUCUAAAAAGCAUACUGAGUGUGCAGAAUAGCCCCAAGUAUUCCAAGAAUUUGGUCAGGAGGAAUUUUAUGCACUGCAGUCAAAACAAUUAAACAUCCCUUCCUUCUGAAAGCCAACAUCCCUGCCAGAGUUGAAUUUAUUAUAUAGGCUUUUAUUACCAUGCAUGCAGCUCAAGCCCUUUACAUGGGCAUGGAGGUGUUGAUCGCCGUGUCCUCGGUGAUUGGGAACGUGAUGGUGAUUUGGGCGGUUAAGAUAAACAGGUCACUGAGAGACACAACUUUCUGGUUCAUCGUGUCCCUGGCUGUGGCCGACAUCGCAGUUGGAGCUCUUGUCAUCCCGCUCGCCAUCACCAUCAGUAUCGGGUUCCAGACUCACUUUUACAGCUGUUUGCUGGUGGCAUGCACAGUGCUGGUGCUCACUCAGAGCUCCAUCCUCGCCCUGCUCGCCAUCGCAAUUGACCGAUACCUCAGAGUAAAGAUCCCGACCAGUUACAAACGAGUGGUCACUUCAAGACGAGUGGGAUUAGCGGUAGUAGCAUGCUGGGCAGUAGCCUUCAUAGUGGGCAUGAUUCCUAUGCUCGGCUGGAACAACCUCCAGCAACAAAAUGGCUCGCUUAGCAGUAACGUCAUCAUCACCUGCCAGUUUGAGAACGUCAUCAGUAUGGAAUACAUGGUUUACUUCAAUUUUUUCAGCUGGGUGCUGCCACCACUCCUCCUCAUGCUUGGCAUCUACACAGAGAUCUUCUACAUGAUUCACAAGCAGUUGAACAAGAAGGUGAGCAUGAGCCACACCGACCCGAACAAGUACUACGACAAAGAACUGAAACUGGCAAAGUCACUCGCUCUUGUCCUCUUUCUGUUUGCUGUCAGUUGGCUUCCACUUCAUAUCUUGAACUGCAUCACGCUCUUCUGCCCUACGUGUGAGAAGCCCAUCCUGCUCAUCUACAUCGCCAUCUUGCUCACUCACGGCAACUCGGCAGUGAACCCUAUCAUCUAUGCUUUCCGCAUUAAAAAGUUUCGCACUGCGUUCCAAAGAAUCUGGAAGCAUUAUUUCUGCUGUAAGGACACUCCUCCCAUCGAAAUACAAAUGAGUGAACGAAUAGAUAAGGAUAAUUACAGUCAUGCUCUUCCGCCUGUGUUACCGGUGCAACACAACAACAUUUAACUGAAAUAGAAGGGACUUUCUAGGCACGAAGGCAUUCUCCUACAUACGAAUGUAAUAUGAAUGUUAAUCAUAUGCUGACGGCAGGUGUGAGUGCCCUCUUUCUGCAAAUAAUAUUAAACAUUACUGAUCUUCUGAAAUGGACACAGGGGAGGAGAAUGUAGAUCACGAUGAGGGCAUAAUAAUGUAUGUGUUACAAGUUGUACAGAAAAUGUUUUAUACUUGUUAAAUACCACUUUACUGUGGUAUGAAGUGUCAAACCACAGUGGGUGUAAAAAUAUCUACACUAGAUUAUAAGCACCACUGUACUAUCCAAAAUGUGCAAUACUCUCUAAAACGGUGCAUCAUCUCAUCAGCAUCAGAAUUAGCUUGUAUCCCAGUACAGUUAUAUAAAUGAAUAUUAAUGUUUACAGUAGUUUGAUAUACUGAACAUUGAAGUAGUUUGAUAUACUGUACUGAACACUGAAGCACAGUUAUCAUAAAACAAUGUAAGGAAUGAUAAAGGAAGAAGAAUUAUAUAUAUUUCAAUUUCACUUUAUUUAUAUACCGUUUUUAUCAGUAGUCCCUAAGCUGCUUUACGGAACUCCUGAUCUAGGCUGAAGCAAAAACUGACAUUCACAAGGAAUAGCCCUAAAGUACGUUAAACCCAUUUAACACCAAACAUGACAUGGCAUGUGCAGCGAGCCACACUCACAUGUGCAGUUUCAAUUCACACUGGGUACAAAUUGUACAGCUGACCAGAAGUGCAGCCUCAUGUGCAGAAGAUGAAAUUUGGAUUGCUUGUUUCUGCGCUGUGUGUGGAGUUUGCAUGUUCUCCCCGUUCCUCGGGGCUUUCCUCUGGGUACACCGGUUUCCUCCCCGGUCCAAAGACAUGCAUGGUUGGUUGAUUGGCAUCUCUGGAAAAAUGUCUGUAGUG